UGUAUUGCAAAGGAAAAUCGAUGAAAAUUUCAUCAGGAUCGCUUUAAAUGGCUCAAUUUUGCUCGGAAAACCGAGACAUUGCAUGCUAUUUGGUCACAAAACACUCAUGGAAGGGAAAGUACAAACGGGUGUUUUCUAUCGGGACACUGGCCAUCACCACUUACAAUCCUAAUACCUUGGAGAUUACCAAUCAAUGGCUCUACGAGGACUUCUUAUCAGUGAAACCACUUCGAAAUGGAGGUUCAAAUGAUUCAAAACAGGAUGAAUACAAGAUUCAUGUUAGGAAUCGUGGAAAAAACAAUGAUAUGCGUUUUUCAUCUGAUUAUACCACCGAUAUACUUACACAUUGUCUGCAAUUCAGCACCAAGUUCGCUGAUAAGAACUUUGAACCUUUGACGGUAACUGCAUUCAAACAAAGUUGGAGUGAUCGUCGAAUUCCCGUAACUCUACGAGCAAAUGCUUCUUGUUUGGAGCAAAUUGAUAAUCGUGGAGUCGUCGUUCAAAGUUAUCCGUACAAAAAUAUUCGAAGUAUUGGAAAAGUGUCCGAUUGUCCCGGUGGUUUUGUGGUUGAUGUGGGAGAACAUAGACGGAGGCACAUGUUCGCUUCUUCAAACAACGAAGAACUAGUGAAAGAGAUUCGUCGUUUAGCAUCUGAUAAUAUCGGAAUUAUCGUUCCAAUUGCUAAAGAGCAGCUAACACUCGAAGAUUUUAUGAGAACUCGACUCGGAUUGUGCAGUCGAGAUGAAGAGCUCACUUCAUAUGCUGAAUUCAAAAUUUCCAAAAUUACUCGAAGAAAUGAGAUGCCUGUUCGACGGCUUCUAUGUCUCAGUGAGACGUGUAUUAUUGAAAGAGACUUGGCUACUUAUGCAGUGAUUUGUGCAACUCCACUGAAACAUAUCGUUUGCCUUGUUCGAAGUGAAAAAGAUCCCCAACAAUUCAUUGUUGAAUACGAAAAUGGAGAUGGGCGAGCAUAUGUUGCUGCUGAAAGAGAUUUGAUCUUAGCCUCACUCUUAGAUGGAAUUCGUGCUUCUGGAAAUAAUGAAGUGUUCGUUUGUGGACACAGAUUUGAAAGGAAUUUGAGAGUGAUCCCAUUCUCAACGAAUUUGGAUGAAGAUAGUGAAUCUCAAUGUAUGAAGCAUAUUAUUGCACCUCCACCUGGACUUCGUCGUUGUGAUUUGAUCCGUCGCUUCAACGCAAAUGUUCCAUAUUCUGGUCUUCGAUUUUCAAAGUCGCACGAAGGAUUCUUCUCAGAAAACAAAGGAAAAGUUAUUGUAAAUGCAAUUGAGGCAGUUCUAAUGGAGAAUUAUACAAAAGACGAUAAGGAGUACAAGCACAAAACUGAAGCUCAGUUACAGUGUUUACGAAGACUUUUUGCGUCGAAAAGUGGAUUCCAGGCAUUUACAGAAGUUAAUGGUGUUCGUGAGAAGCUUGGGAGUCUUGUGGUUCGAGUUCUAUCUUGGAAAUCUGAAUCAAUUGAUCAUUCGACGGUUGAAGCUCUUUGUGCAUUGAUGUAUCCAAUGCAUGAUCAAUAUGAACUUAGAAUAGAGCAACUGAACAAGCAGAGUCUGAUGAGCAGCCCAAAAUUUGUGGAGAACUUACUCGAUUUGAUUGUUCUUCACGUGGAUCGUUCAACUGGAUGGCUUGUGAUUGCAUCAAUGCUCAAUUUCCUCACAUUUUCCGUUUGCUCUCCGUACUCUGAAACCACCGCUGGAGAUACUUUCGAUCAUAUUCUGAAACUCGUAUCUCUCCGAGGGCGCAGCUUUUUCCGUUUAUUCCAAUGUCCCAGUAUGACAAUUGUUAAAGGUGCUGGAAUGGUUAUGAGAGCAAUUAUCGAAGAAGCUGAUGUUGAAACUUCAAAAUCAAUGCAAAUGUUAGCACUAUCAGAAGGAGCAUUCUUGACACAUUUGUUCAUGUCAUUAUUGUCAACUGGAAAAGAUUUACGAGUAAUGACAAAUAAACAAUUGUCUGGACAUUUGAUAAGUCUUUGGAUAGCUGAUAAUCAACAGGCUAAUGAUUUGUUAAUUAGGUGCCUGCCCCGUGGUCUAUUGAACUAUAUGGAGUCAGACGAAAAAGUUCCAGUAAACGAGAAAGAUCUUCUCAUUGUUCGAAAUAACUUUGAUGCAGCAUCAAAUGAAACUAAGCAGAAUGCGAUGAAGGAGAAGUUUGACCAGCUUCGAGUUACUGCUGAAGCUGGUUUGGAAAGAUUUGUGCAGCACUGGGAUCUCGAACAAAAACUCAAUUUUCUUCCAAAACGAGUUAUUGAUGAGAAACAACAACAAAGACAGCAACCGGUUGUCCUGAGAAAACGAAGAAAUCGAGUACGGCCAAAUGUUAAUUGGAAACUAUUUGCAUAUCAAUUCUCGAAGGAUCACUCUCAGGCAGAUUUAAUUUGGAAUGAGAAGACGCGAGAAGAGUUCCGUCAUGCAAUGGAUACAGAAACACGAGCUCUUAUCAGUGAAAAAGAACAAGCACCAACUGGAUUGCCGAUUGCUUGGAAUCAUACUGAGUUCCAAAUCAGAUAUCCAUCACUUUUAGAAGAAAUUAAAAUUGGAGAUUAUUACCUUCGAUUGCUUCUGAUUGAGGCAGACGAAAAUGCGACUCCGAUUCAUAAUCCGCUGGAGUUCUUCAACAACGUCUAUCAUCGUUUCCUACUUUCCACUAAAGUUGACAUGAAAUGUCUGUGCCUUCGUGCAAUGGCUAUCACCUAUUCUCGACAUCAUAUGACAAUCGGAGCAUUUCAGGAUUCAAAGUAUUUCGUAGAAAUGCUUCAAAAAUGCAUAAAUCCGUUGGAAAGAGAUCAUCUUGUGCUUCUGUUAUCGAAACUAGCACUGAAUAAGGAUAAUGUUCGAGAACUUAUAAUAUCCAAUAUUCUUCCACUUUUGGUAGAUCUUUGUGUUCUUGCACAUUUACACGUGCAGCGAGCAAAAGUUCAAAAUCAGACAAAUGUGAUUGAGGCAAGUGCCGAACAAAUGGCUGAAGGAGGUUCUGAAGAAUGGUAUUAUCAUGAUAAGGAUGCUAAACAAGUCGGACCAUUGUCAUUUGAGAAAAUGAAGUCUCUUUACACGGAGAAGACUAUUUUUGAGAAAUCUCAAAUUUGGGCAGCUGGAAUGGACAAGUGGAUGAGUUUGGCUGCAGUUCCACAAUUCAGAUGGACUGUUUGUCAGCAAAAAGAUCAGCCGAACGAGAUUAAUACAGGAAAAGGACCAUUCCAGGCAACUGUCAUGAACUUCACAGAUCUCAGUGUUCUUUGUUUAGAUACUAUUCUUCAGAUGUGCGAAUUUUUCCCAUCAAGGGAUUCUCAUGAUUGUGUGGUCCGUCCGAUGCCAUCUGUCAAGAAGCAGCUCACUGAGCCAGUACUCCUUUAUCAACUCGUUCAACUUCUUCUAACCUAUGAACCACAGAUUGUGCAGAGAGUUGCUCUACUACUGUAUCUUGUAAUGCAGGAUAACCCAUUUCUUCCACGACUUUAUCUUUCUGGUGUCUUCUAUUUUAUUCUUAUGUACAAUGGAUCAAAUGUUCUUCCGAUUGCUCGAUUCCUUCACUAUACCCACAUGAAACAAGCAUUCCGUUCUACACUUCCACAAUUUGAGGGACAACGGCAAUCAGUUCUUGCCACUCUUCUUCCAGAAGCCGCCACAUUCUAUUUGGAACAAUAUGGACCUGAAAAGUAUGCCGAAGUGUUCCUUGGAGAAUUCGAUAAUCCCGAAAUCAUUUGGAAUACGGCGAUGCGUCGACAUUUGAUUGAACGAAUCGCUGUUCAUGUUGCAGAUUUCUCGCAUCGAUUAACAUCAAAUGUUCGAGCUUUAUAUCAAUUCUGUCCAAUUCCUUUGAUCGAUUAUCCAGAACUUGCUCAGGAACUCUUCUGUCAUGUUUAUUAUCUUCGACACUUGUGUAAUAAGCAAAGAUUCCCUGAUUGGGAAAUUAGGGAUCCGAUUCCGUUCCUUCGAUGUUGCCUUGCCACAUGGUAUAAUGAGCUAGAGAAGAAGCCGGCGACGAUGUCAGUCGAUCUUGCAAGAGAGAUUUUAUCAGUUGAUUUGACUAACGAAGAACACCGAAAACCUGCAUUCAUACGUCGUCAAUAUUACAAACUCGCUGCUAAAUACCAUCCUGACAAGAAUCCAGAAGGAAGAGAAAUGUUCGAACGAAUAAAUGCAGCUUAUGAACUAUUGAGCAGUGAAACUGCAAAUAAUUCAGGAAUGCCGGAUUCGCAUCGAAUUGUGCUUUGUUUACAGGCACAAUCCAUCAUUUAUAGUAGAUAUAGUCAAGAAUUAUCCGAAUACAAAUACGCUGGUUACUCUCAACUCAUUAAAACUAUCGAUUUGGAAGCAAAAGACGAAGCAUUGUUCAUAAAAGGAGGUGGAGACCUGUUGUCAGCUGCUAUUGAACUUGCUAAUUAUACACUUAUUAGUAGUGCUUUGAAUGCUGAACAAUUGAGAAGAGAUAAUGGAUUAGAGGCAUUAGUAACUGCAUUUGAUCGAUGUGUUCCAAUGGUAACAAUGAGUUCAUUACCUGAUGAUAUGGCUGUUCGAGUUUGUAUUCAUGUUUGUGAUUGUUUUGCCACUGCUGCAACAUUUGAAGCGUGUAGGCAGCGACUGAUGGAGAUGCCAUCCAUAUUUGGAGCCCUCACUAGAUUACUUCAAUUUUCGAACUUACCCCGUCUCUCCACUGCAGCAGCUCAAUGUAUUCGUGCAAUGGCAGUUGACACACUUCUUCAAUUCCAACUUUUCCAAACUGGUGUUCUAUGGCAAUUGGUACCACAUCUCUUUCAUUUCGAUUAUACAUUGGAUGAAGGAGGUGUUCAACAUUCAGAGGAUUCUAAUAAACAAUCACUCGCUAAUUCAUUAGCUCGUUCUUCGUGUGAAGCUCUUGCAGCUCUGGCUGGAUUCCGUGAGAAUACACCGGAUAAUGAUGGAGUUCAGGCAAGCCUUCGAGCUCUACUUACUCCUUACAUCUGUCGAUGCAUGAAGCUUGAAACAAAUGAUAUGGUUCUGAAAACGCUGAAUAGUAAUAUGGAAAAUCCAUAUAUGAUCUGGGAUAAUGGAACAAGAGCUGAAGUUCUCGAAUUUGUGGAGAGACAUCGAACUUCUAAUGAGCCUACGAGUGAGCUGUACGGAGCCGAAUUCGAGUUAUCUGUGCACAAAAAUGAGCUUAUCGUUGGAGACAUAUUCAUCAGAAUCUACAAUGAACAGCCAACAUUUGCUCUUCACGAACCCAAAAAAGUUGCAAUCGAUCUUUUGGAUUACAUCAAAAAACACUCGGCAGAACUAACCGGAGCUCCAAAACCUAAAGCAAUUUCGGAUGAUUUGAUUGAAAUUGACUGGGGAAAUGGAUCACAGGCUAAUGGAAACUCAUUGGACACAGAAACAAAAGUUCUCAUGACAAUGACUGCAUUAGCUAAUUUAGUUUCAGCGAAUCCAGGUGCACUAUUUGCAAACAAAAAGGGUGUUGAAAUUCUACUAAUUGGAAACUUCCCACUUCUUAUCACUUAUCUACGUUGUCGAAAACAUCCGAAGCUUCAAAUUGCUGCACUUCAAGUCAUUCUGUUGGCUGCAGCUAAUAAGGAAUGUGUAACUGAUUUGGCCACGUGUAAUGUCACUACAACACUUUUCACACUUUUACGUGAUCAGCCGAAGAUGAUAGCAAGAGUAUUAGAUGUUCUGAUUGCACUUUCAUCAAAUGGACAAAUUGGAAAAGAAAUGUUAGAACAUGGAGGACUUAUGUAUAUUCUAUCAAUUCUUUGUUUGACAAAUUCUGAUCAAGGCCAAAGACUGCAGGCAGCCGAGCUUUUGGCCAAACUUCAAGCUGAUAAGCUUACUGGGCCAAGAUGGACACGAUUUAUUAUCAAGUUUUUGCCAGAAAUAUUUGCAGAUUCAUUGAGAGAUUCGCCCAAUACAGCCCUUCAAAUGUUCGAUUCAUCAAGCGAAAAUCCAGAGCUUAUUUGGAAUGAAGUAACGCGUCAAAAAGUGAAAGGAAUCAUUGAUACAGAAGUCGGAAAACUCUAUGAACAACACAUCAAAGAUCCAACUGUCAAAUGGAAUACGACUUCAUUGGCUGACAAGAGUUGUGCCUAUGGUGAUAGUAUUAAUGGUGAACUUGUUGUUGGAGGUGUUUUUGUACGAUUAUACGUCGAAAAUCCAGGAUUCAAUGUCAGACAUCCAAAAUUAUUCUCAACAGAGCUCAUCGAAAAAGUGCUUGAACUGAUGAGUCGUCCAACUCCAGAACUCGAUUUGGUCACAAAAGCCUUUGUUGAACUGGUCCGUCAUCAUCCGAAUACUGCUGAUCAAUUGCCAUCUCAAGGAUAUCUACCACAGUUCUGCACUGCAAUGUGUCUUCAAAACACAUCUGCGUCUCGUUCAGCAAUUCUAAUUCUUCAAGAAUUGAGCGAAAAUCAAUUCUGUUGUGAUGCUCUUUCUCAGCUGCCAUGUAUUGAUGGAAUAAUGAAAUCAAUGAAGAAUCAACCAAGUUUGAUGAGAGAAUCGGCGCACGCUUUAAAAUGUCUCAUGAAGAGAAAUACAGGAGAAUUGGCUCAACAAAUGCUCUCAUGUGGAAUGGUUCCAUAUUUGUUACAAGUUUUGGAUAGUUCAAUGAAUGGAGUAUCAAACGGAGCAGCUGCUCGUGCCGAGAUUGUUGACGCAUUAAAAAGCGCAAUUUUAGAUCUGAAAGUUGGUCAGAAGAUUGCUGAGAUUUUAGACAAGAGUCCCGUCUGGGCACAGUUUAAAGAUCAACGACAUGAUUUAUUCUUGCCAGAAGCGAGAACUCAAGCUAUUACAGGAGGUCCAACUGGUGUUGCUGGAUAUCUAACAGAAGGAAUGUUCAAUCCACCACCAAUGAGCAAUCAGCCACCACCAAUGCAUCAAACAUCUGGAGAUUUCCAACCACCACUUUGAGUGGAACUUCUCAAAAUUUAUUUUUCAAUUCCUUCCAAUUUUGUACAUUUUUGUAUCUCCUUUUCAUCUUCUCAUAUUCAUUUUUUUUCUCUUUGUUCAAGAACUUUUGUAUUCUUGAGCAGUUUCCUUACUGAAUAAUUUAUAUAUUUAAAUAAUUAAAAUUCAUUUUCAAAACCCUCUCUUUUAAAAUUUCCCGCAAAAUGUGAUAAUUUUUCGAAGUGUUCCCCCUUGUCGCGUAUCUACUUUUGAUUAUUUUUGAUUUCCCGUGAUUUUUUUGUGAAAAUGUUGUUCUUCUGGUGCUUUUCCCCCAUUUUCAGCGGAUUUUUUCGACUUUUGUUCUUUUUUCUUUCGAUUGUUUGUGCGCACGAAAUUUUGGGAUCCCUACACAAGUCUACGGUGAACUUUUGACAAAAUACAUAUUUUUAGAAAUUAUUAUUGCUCGCGCACCAACUUUUUUUGUGAAAUUUGAUAUAAAUUAUUGCUUUCCUCAU